AUGCCUUACACUGUACCACCAGCUAGCAAGGUAUCCAUCUCUUUGCCAAAUGAGUUCACGGAUAUUGAUCUGCGCUCAGAUGAAGUCUCGAAGGAGCAGGUAAGCAAGAAGCACAACCAACAGCCCCUUAAGCCAAGAAAGAAAACUGCAAAACAAUGGUACCUCAUUGGCAUCUUGUUCUUCAUCAUUGUAAUUCUUUCAGGGUUUAUCGCCUUCCUGUUGACUCAUCCCGAUAUCAUAGGAAAGCCAUGCCUAGCCCCAGUCAAUUUCGCCGAGCCCAGCACAUUAGUCCACACUCGAACCAUCAUUCGAACACGCUCCUUGAACACAACGACAAUCACAACACAAACAGCUAACAAGACUAACCCCGCAUCUCAAGCCACAGGUAUGGCCCAUGACAUUGAUCCUGUCGCAGUUGCAACUUGUCUCGGUGUUUUGGAAAACGCUUGCGCAAUGAAAAAUUCAUCGACAACUUUCGGCGAGUGCGAUCCGUUGUUCGAAUUUUUCUACUGUGAUCUCACCGACAUGAUGAUGUUUCGAGGUGCAAUAGAGCCCGAUGCUGAUGGUUCGAGUACCGUCUGUCAGCCAAUGAAGAGAUUUUGUUCGAAAGCUACCGCCUUGAACAAACAUUCCCUUUAG